AUGUACCCGUCCCUGGGCUCUUUCUGCUGGGGGGCCGUGCCGGCGGCCAGCCCGUUCCCGGGCACAGACGGUGACCGGGAGGCGAGGAGCCGCCGUUCAGAGGCCGCCGCCGCCGGGGAGGAGCAGGGCGGCGCUGGCGAGGGCACCUCGGGCGGCCCCGGUAAGAGGCAGCGCCGCUACCCGGAGAAGGAGAGGGUACAGGCGGCCAGCUGGAGCCUGGAGAGGGGCAGCGAGACAGACGAUAUCGCCCUGAAAUACAUUCGGCCGGACGAGUGUGUGAAAUACAUGAGGGUGUGUGUAGAUCCAGCAAUACUGGAAGAUGCUGGUGCAUUUAUUCUGCUUGACGUUCUCAACGCACUAGAAUCAGAAUAUAGUGUUGAAGCUCAAUCAGUUCCUUCCACUAUCACAUGGAGAAGAGAACUUCCUGAAGUCAUGUUAAGUGACCUGCCUGCCGAGACUAAAAAUAUGUACAAAUCCAAGGAAGAAAAUCAAGUUUUGGUGCUGCUUCCACCAAAUCACUUUCUCAGGAUGGUCUGGUCACAUAAACAGAAAAUGAAGGGCAUUUUCACAGAAAACAUUUGCGAAACGUUUGAUAGCUUUAUAAUGAGAGUUCUGGACAAGCAACCUCACAGAGCAGCCACAUUAGCUGUCAUUGGACUGGAUACUUACACGAGGGAAAAAGGGCUUUACAGUCCUGUGAAACGACCGAAGAAUUCAGAAAACGAUCAGGUUGAAGACUCGGAGUCUUGGGUCAGCAGGGAGCUUGGAUUGACUUGUGCAGAUUUGGAUGAGGUGCAAGUGGCCUUACAGUUGCAAACACACACAACAAUUUGGUUUUUAGAGAACUGGCAACAGUUUGCUGAUCAUAUCGCAACCCUUACAAAGGCAAUCGCCCGAAGUCCUUUCAAAAAGCAGACAGAGAAAAUGACCUUCUCGUUCUGCCCUGAUGGGACGUGGUCCACUGGUGUGAAAGUGGAUAAGGAUGGAAAGGGCCUCCUGAAGUUAUGGAAGAAACAGCUUCAGCAGCUGAACAGGAUCACCCAACCAGUGGCAAUGGCUAUAGCACAAGCCUAUCCUACACCAAAGCUGCUCUUGCGGGCUUAUAGACAAUGCAGCACAGAGUGGGAGAAGCAGAAUCUUCUAUCAGAGGUUAAAGUGUAUGCGGCAGGAAAACGUGUGGAUCGAAGAGUUGGACCAGACAUAUCACGCAGGUUAUAUAUUUUCAUGACAUCGGAAAACUCUGACAUAGUUUUGGACAAAAGUGGUUAAAUACAUGGAUCAAAUAGGAUUCAUUUUAUCAUUUGCCUUUGAACAUCAGUUAUCAGAAGAAAAAAAUAGGCAAAGUAGGUAUAUAAUAAAGGGUAUUAACCAACAUAACACUCAGUUUAGAGAGCUGGACACACGGUUAGUAGCAUUUGAUAACUUUUGUAUAUGACAUGACAAAUUUAAAAUUAGUUUACUUUAUUAGCCUAGUAUUCUAAAUUUCUCAUCCACUGUGACACAGUCGUACAGCAUGGAAACAGACUCUUCAGCUAAACUUGUCUGUGCCAACGAAACUUUGCAAACUAAACUAGUCCCAUUUGCCUGCAUUUGGCCCAUAUCCCUCUAAACCUUUCCAUUCAGGUGCCUAUCCAAAACAUUCCACAUAUGAACCACUGAAACGUUGACCCUCUGGUCCUCUUUAAAUUAUUCUCCUCUCACUUUAAAAAGUUUUGAACUCUCAACCCUUGGGUAAAGACCUUUGUUAUUCACCUUAUUUAUGACUCUCAUUUUAUAAUCCUCUACGCUCCAGUGGGGGGGAGAAAGAAAGUCCCAGCCUAUCCUUAUCUCUCAAACCCUCCAGUCCUGGCAACAUCUAUUAUGUCAGUAGCAUGUCAACACAAGCAAUUCUUUUGGCACAUUCACGAUAAACACAAUGACUGCACUAAUAUGCUCAUCACCAUAGCUACACAAGAACAUGUAUCAGUAUAUUCCGCUCAAACUCAGCUUGGGCAGCAU